GUGCAACGGCCGAGCCUGUGUCACGACCGCCGCGGUUCUUUCCAGACUUGGUUGUGACGGGAUCAGUAAAUCAGGCCCAAGUACUCACAAUCAAGCAGUACAUGAGUCAAACGUGGCCUGCAAACGGUUUACAGAUGUUGGAAGUGCUUGAAGAGGGAAUUCGGAAUCCCAAGAACCUGGAAUCCGGCAAGUCGCCGGCAAAUGCACCACUUGUCGUGGGCAGAUCCGGAUCCAAUAUGGUAGUCAAAGCCAGCGGACCAGCCUACUUCAUCGCCGAGUGUGGUGAGCAGCUCGCUUGGUUAGCAUGCGCCUCUUCAACCGCUUUUCGAAAUAGACUUAGUCGCGUGACUCCCUUGAUCGACAUCAUCCGUGUUGGGCCCACGACUCCGCAAAGCUCGAGCUAUCGAGGCAUGUGCCGAGUGGGUUUUGUUAUCAAUGACCUCGUCAACCCAGAACUUGCCAUGCCGUCGGUGACACAGAGUUGUUGGCAAUCCGUGGUUGGGCGACAAAACCUCAUCCACGGUUAUCCCAUUGCUCGACGACCGGACGGAUACCGAGGCCUGGAGGUUUCCCUGGUCGUGCUCCUGUAUUUGGUGCAAGCCAAGGAAGUUUCUGUCUGUCCCGUAAAGGUGGUGGCCCAUGGAGUAGAAAGGUCACUUAGACUGGUGAGCCGGACUGACCAUAUAUGUCUUUGGCAUCCUUUUGGCCCGACUACGGAGACCUGUUUCUGCGAUAAGGGCACAAAUGUUGUGGAUCGCUCAAAUCUGGAUUCAGAUCGCCAUAUCAUUGGUACUUGCAAAUCUCAGGAAUCUCUGGGCGGAACAGAUGAUGCACGCUCAAUAAACACCGAGUCCCCCAGCAGGAUACGCUCGUUGAACGCCUCAAGGAAUAAACCCCAGACUGUGACAGCCUCUGACGAAAUGGAGCUCGACGUAUUUUCCGUGGGGGGGCUAAGUGAGGAGGUCGCCAGGAAGCCGCUCAGGCGCUCGCCACCUCGGGUCUCCAUGUUGAAGGAGCACGCAUCCGCAACUCCCAUAACGGCCUCGGGAAGUCCUCAAGAAUCCCAAUCAGUAACAGCAACAGAAUCCGGCUACGACUCUUUCGACACAGAUCAGCUUUCGAUAUCUGAUUCUUCUGAGACCGAGCGACUAGAUGUCAACGACCCCCAAUACGUCGUCCUGAAGCGUGUUCUCUUUCGACUUCUCUCUGGUUACAGAACCAGACAGCAGUGUCCGUCGUCUGCCGGAGAGAGUGGAUAAGGAGCUGGCGCAUCGACAAUUGCACCCAGCUCGUCAAACAGCAACACGAGAGGGGCUUCAAACCAGACUAAUUUGAAGAGAAAACGAGGCAACGACGACAGUGAUGA